UCUGCUGAGCGCGCCCAAUGUCGUUCAUGUCUGUAAUUUUGAAGUUUGGAUUAGCAUCAACAAGCGCCUGGAGUAGCCGGCAAGUUGCUCCAAAAGGUAUAAUAAGUAUAUAUCGAUUCACCAGGAUGUCUCAGUUAUUGAACAAUGUACCUGAUGUGGACAUCGAUGGCCAUGGGAGAUUUAAGUAUAUUUUAAUCAACGUGCAGGAUGAUGUCGGAAAAACUAGCAAAAAGAUUGUCAGAGGAUAUGCAAGAGCACAGUGGCAUGCUGAUAUAUUUGACGAAGUAGACGAACAAAUCAAGAAACAUGCUGGUCUACAAGCGAAUUGUGUAGGUGGUGGUAGAAUUGAGCACGACCCCGACGAAAAAACCAUCAAAGUUUAUGGAUAUUCGCAAGGUUUUGGCAAAGCUGAUCAUCAAGUGUCGGUCGAGUUAUUGAAGAAAAAAUAUCCUGCCUACAAUAUCACGUGCUCAGACGAAGUUACUAAUAAAAUGUAUAUGCUUAUUAUAGAGAUGAAACAACUCAACGUUAUUGUGAUAUCAUUUAAGGAUAAGUGAUCGAUAUCCUAUGUCGUAUACUUAACCAUGUUUUCCCGAGCCGCAAAAUCAAUUGUGAAGUCCGUUGGAUCAUACCAAAUCCAUGCUGCUGAAAAGAAUUUCAAGAUUGCUCUAAGUGGUGGCGUUGGAGAAAUCAGUCAAAUUUUAUCUCAAUUAUUAAGAAAUAACGUGAAACUGAAUGCCAUUGCGUUAUACGAUGUGGCAGCUGUCAAUAGCCCUUUGCCGAUUUACAAUUUCUAUGAUGAAAAACCAUUCAAACCUAUUCCAUCGGAAAUGCUAACAAAAAAAAAAUCCUGUUUGGAGGAAAACAAUCAUUCAAAUGCAGUAAUUAACAGCACGAGACAAACAGACAAUAAUAACCAUCAAGGAAAUAAUGGAAAGAAUCAAACAGAGAAACUUGUGGAAGCUCUUUACCGUUUACCAAUAGCUGAAAAAGUUCCAGCAUUUAACAGUCCAUUAAUACCUAUUGAAGAAUUAAUGCCAAAGGCGGGCAACGCGUGCAGCAGGAUGCGUCUUUAUGCUAGAGUCCUGAGUGAGACGGGUUCCAGCAACAUGAAAACCUGGCAAAGAGAUUACGCCACCAUCCCGAUUUGCAAGUGGUUCUCCGACUUGACAUAUCCAUCGUUUCAGGAGUAUGACCUGAAUUUCAUCCCAGAAGCGAAAUUCGCAAAGAAGCAUCGAUCGAUUGAAAAAACAAGAAAAAUCAGACAUUUAUCCUGCAGUGCACUCGUUGCGAAAGAAAAUGAUCAUCAAUUGUUGCCGACGUCUUUGUUCAAUCGUGGUAAAAAGCCAGCAAGAUUGAUGAAGAAAUUUAGAAAUGUUAGUAUACUUCCAAAUAUAGAAGUACGCUGUAAAGGAGCAGAGAAAUCGACCGAUUGGUCGAUACCACACACAGAAGUGCUAUUGAAUAAUAAAUUGAGAUUAUUACAUGAGAUUUACGGUCGCAUUAAAUUUCCUUUGUCUUCGUUAAAUUUCAUAAAUUACAAGCGUGAAAAUAAUGGCGAAGUAAUUUCAGUCAAUUGCGAUAGCGAAACAAUGACGGACGAUACGUUAAAUGUCGUUGAACAGGAAAAUUGGAUUCAACGAACAUGCUCCAAAAUCAAAUCCAUACUCCUAAACCUGCACGCCAAAAUCCGAUUCCAUUCGACAACCGCAUCGGACUCGUAUUGUUUGGAAAAUAUUUUUGUAGUGAAUCAAGUGAUUCCAUUUUCCGAUAUAAUUUCCAACAACAUUCUCUUUGCGUCGAAGGAUUUCGAAGUUGAUAAACCGAAGGCCGGCAUUCGGAGGAAGAUACAGGAAUAUUGUAUGCAGCGGAAAAGAACUCUUAAGAAGAAUAGAGCGAAGAAUGAUAUUUGUAAGAGAAGAGAAAAGUCGUGUGGAAAGAUGGAAGAUAAAUAUCAGAAGAGAGAAAAGAUAUGCGAGAAAAAGAAAACUGAUUGCUCUGGGAGAAUAAAAUGGGCAGGCAAGAGACAAAAUGUAGUUUCUUGCAAAAGAAGAAAGAGUUCUUGCGAUAAAAAAUAUACUCGCGAUUGCCGUAAACCUCGCGAACGAAAGGUGGAGAUUCAAGAAGAUCCAUGUAAACCGAAAAAGGAUGAUAUUCCUAGAACAGAAAAAGAUCUUUGCCGUGAACAACCUCGCGAACGAAAGGUGGAGGUCCAAAAAGCCCCGUGUAAAAAGGAAAAGGAUGAUACUUCUAGAACAGAAGCAGAUCCUUGCAGUAAAUCACAUUCCUUGAAGCAAGAACAAACUUGUUAUGAACUGCAUGAUGCAAGUCCAUGUAGGUUAGAGAAGAAAAGAGACAUCAAGAAGAAAGACGGUUAUGAACUGCAUGAUACAAGUCCAUGUAGGUUAGAAAAGAAAAAAGAUAUUAAGACGAAAGAAGAACCUGAGAAGAAAAAAGAAAUAAAAAAGAAAGAAGAAAUAAAAAAGCCUGAUUGUUCGGAGAUUAAAAAAGUUGAUCCAUGUGAGAAGAAACCGUGUCCAACUGUUAAAAAGCCACAACCAGAAAAUUUGACUGUCAAGGUUCGAAAAUCUGGAAUAAUAGACGAAAGAAGAGAUAGUUCAAGUUCAUCGAUGACAUCUGCAGUAAAAAUAGCGGAAAACGGAAAAUUGAUCGAGUCCAAUCAGAUCCAACCCGACAGAGAUUUUCUAUCGAUCAUCAAUUCGUAUCAACAGUUUACGGGAAUUAAAGAUUCCAAUUCGAAAAUCAAUCGCAAGGAUUGCUCCAAUUCUUCUUUUUUGCAUUUUGUCACUGAUCUUCGCUAUUGUAGCGAUUGUGAGUUUAAAGAAUCAGAUGAAUCAAAGGAAUCAACGUUGACGUACGAUGCCAACGACGAUUAUUUCCCUCAAGGUGAAGAAUAUGAAGAAGAGAUUGGUAUAGAUGACUAUCAAAUAGGUAAAAAAAAGCCUAGUAAAGAACCGCCGAUUAUCGACGAUGAAUACGACAAUUUCGAGCCGACGAUGCUGUUGUUUGAAAAUAACAAAUACGUCAAUGGAGAUCCAUUAACGAGGUUUAUCACACGCGUACAUUUUUCAAGUAUUGAAGAACUGACAGCGCCUGAUCGAAUAAUGCUGAUGUCAGAGAAAGUUUCCAACAAGGACGCUGUUGAAAAAUUGCAAACUCUGAUCGAGAAAGUAACGGAGUUCAAGCGUCGAAUUUUCCGAUCUAAACAUGAAGCACAGAAAAUCGAGGCUGCGACGGAUGGGAAAAAGGAAAAAAAGCUGGAGGGAGGUGGGCCAAGAGCGCUGGUCGGGAUUACCGCGAGAUUAUUGAGGAAGUGCAGCAAAAUCCUCCACGAAUUAAUACGUAAAAACCAGCAGGCAGUUAGUGGCAGAGUAUUGCGGCUAGGUGAACCAGACUGUGGCGAAGAUUCGCCUGGUCAAUCAAAAAAGAAUCCGUGCGAUCCACCGAAGGGCCCCUGUCAGCCCGCCGAACCACCGGGUUAUCCCUCCAAGCCAAAACCCAAAAAAAAGCCAUUCUGCGUUACCCAAUGCCCACCCAAGAAACCAUGCAAGAAAGAGAAAUGCUGAAUCGAGUCAGUAAGAGACAGAAGGCUAUCCAGAAGCUAAAGUUCGUACAAACGGAAGUUUUCCUAAAAAGUCUACCGAGGCCUAUCUUUGGAACAGAAGA